CAGCGUUGAUGCAGCCAGCACUGCAUUCUGCUUCUGCGUGUCUCUGUCCUGGCUUUUUGACCUAGACCUCAAUUUUCAUCUCCUUUCUGAACUCUCAUUUUAUCAUACAUGCGACGAUCGACUUCUCUUCCUCUACGCUCUACUUCCUGCAAUACGCCGCCACAAUGAGGCUUCCGAUACCCUCAGCAUGCUUGUCGGCAGGACAGCAGCUGAUGAUGCGCAAUCUUGCCCUCAGGACCAGGGCUCUUCCAUCGACGACAACGUUCCGAUCAUCAUCUCUCAGUGCUAUACAUCGUGGCCUCCGCGAUUCCGAGAAAGCCCGUCCACAAGGGUUCCAGUUAAAGGCUCUCGAGGCUGCUUCAAAUGGUAGCAAGAACGGACGACGGACGACCUCCCGGCAGAGACGUGACCCUGGCUGGAAGGCCCCGACCUACAAAAUCAAGAAGGGGAAGAAGGACAUCACCGACAAAGGACCACAGCCAAAGUCGAGGCGCUCGCGGUUCAACGACCCCACCGAGACGUUUGGCAAGAAGAGCCAAGUAUGGCAGAUCAAGCACGGUAACUUGAGAUCGGAGAUGGAGAAGUUGACUCGUGCGGAUGCCGAGGGAGACUCGCGGAAUAGCAGAUUCAACGACCGGAGGCGGGAGUCUGGCGAUUCGAGGCGAGGCAGAAGCGAUCCGGAUCGGGCAAUCGGCAGACAAUCUUUUGACAGGACAUCCCGGUUUUCGGAGCGGAGAGGUCAAGACAGAUUCGAACCGAGGCAAGACCGUGACUUUGGCGCAAGACCACAGCGACAAACAGACGGGCGGAGGCCACCGAGGUCGUUCGAGCGCGAUGCUUCCAGGACGGAAUCCCGCGAGGGGCCGCCACGCAGCUCAAGUUUUGUACCUCGAGAGACUGGCCAUCGUCACGCAGGCGAUGAGAAGGCUAGCAACCCGCGAGACGAGCAGGCACCACAGCCUACUGUCUCCCGGGUUUCUCCACGUGACGAAGGACCGAUACGUAUUCAUCACACCACUGCUGCGUCGCAGUUCCUCUACGGGCGUUCCGUCGUUGAGUCAGCAUUGAAGCACUCGCGGAGACAGCUCUAUCGCUUCUAUGUCUAUAGUGGCGAGGAUAGACAGAGUCUCACGCAGGACGAGUAUCUUCUUGGUCUUGCCAAGUCGCGCAAAGUCGAAUGCAUCCCGGUCAGGGACCAGCAGGGCCUGCGCAUGUUGGACAAGAUGAGUGGGGGACGGCCUCACAAUGGCUGCAUCCUCGAAGCAUCACCCUUGCCCCAGAUUCCGGUCAAGGGGCUCGGCGUGGAGUCUGAAGAAGCCACAAAGCCGGGAUUCCACUUGGAGCUGGCUCACCAGUCUGCGGAAGAGGCGCAGGUCAACGGCACGUCCACUUUCGUAGCCCACGACCUCCCAGCCGGUCGUCACCCGCUUGUCCUUCUCCUUGACGGCAUCCUCGACCCUGGCAAUCUGGGUGCGAUCCUUCGGUCAGCAGCCUUCCUCGGUGUCAGUGCUGUUGCAAUCACCAAGGAUAGUUCGGCCGGCCUGACCCCCGUCGCUCUCAAAGCCUCUGCGGGUGCUGCGGAGGUGAUGACGCUGUUCUCCGUCAAGUCGACUCUCGGCUUCUUGGAGCAGUCCAAGGAUGCAGGUUGGAUGGUAUACGCCGCGGUCCCAUCAACGUCACGCAUGAGGAAUAACUCACACCUGUCCAUCGACCGUGUCGAGUCAUACGACCCGCUCUCAAGCCAGCCGACAAUCUUGGUCAUCGGCAGUGAGGGUGAGGGUCUGGCCAAGCAGGUCCGCCGCAUCUCGGACCACGAGGUUUCAAUCCCCAGCGCGUCGGGCUUAUUCGAAGUGGUCGAUAGUCUGAACGCCAGCGUUGCAACGGCACUGUUGUGCCAAUCAUUCCUGAAGAAGCAAACGAGCGAUGUGCUACGAAGCCAGGGAUUCGUUGAGCGUGAGCAGGACGAGGAGGCUAUGUUCUAGGGGCCUGUACCUGUCCUCCACCUGCGAUAUGUAUAAAUCUGUAUCACUUAAACGAUGUAUAACCGAUGUAUAGCAUAGCGAUCACGAUCUUUGCACGACCAUGUAUGUUACGUUGUGUACGACCAUGUUGGGAGUCUAGAAAUAGAUGGAAUGAUUCUUUA